AGAGAGCCUUUCACCCGCCGGUCGGUCCCAUUGUCUGUCGCACUCACACAGCUCACUCGACACGAUGCGCCCGGUUUGUUGCUGCUUCAUCGGCUGCUGGCCACGGGCAGCCACACACCACAGAGGAGGUGUGUGCCCGGGCGAAGCCAGUCGCUUCCUGUGCAGCAACACAACGGACGAAUUUCACGGUGCCAGUGGCAGAAGUCAACACACACACACACACACUAACGACACACAUCCUUGCAGACCUCCAUUGGAGUAUGAACAGCUAGCUGUCAUCUAUCCAUCUUCAUCCCUCCGUCCUCCACCAUAAGCUAUAAGCUCUCUCCAUAGCCAUCUAUGUCUUGGGCUUCUUCUGGAAGAACGACCUGAGGUCUGUCUGCCCGGCCGGCCUCUUGCCUCCCCCGCCACCCGACCCGCCCCUCCCGCCCAUCCCUCCCCUCCCGCCUCGACUCGCACUGCCACGCCCACUCUGCUGCUGCUGCUGCUGCUGCUGCGUUGGCUGCCUCACGGGAGCCCCCGUACCAUUCGCAUCGUCACCGGCCGUCAAGUCGAUCGCACCACUGCUGCUGCCAUUGUUCUUGUUGCCGUUGUUCGCUGCAGCUGGUGCUGGUGCUGGUGCUGCAGAGCUGCUUUGGUUGUUGGCCGCAGGGGUCGGUUUGGGUGCCGGUUGGAAGAAGCUCUGGAUGCCCUUCCACCCUCUGUGUGGCUGCGACCUGGUGGUCUUGGUGUCCUUCAUGUCGACGGCCACGCGCUGACCGAAGUCGAUGUGGUGGCCGGCGGGUGUGUGGGGCGUGUUGUCGAGGCAGAGGGUGACGGCGAUGUGGUCGCUGAACUUGGGGGGCGUGUAGCACAUGCCGGUGUGAGGGGGGAGGAACUGCGUGUCGUAUACCGGCUGGGAGGCAUCGAUCAGCCCGCCCCCAUCCCAUGAGGGCGGGAGUGAAUCGGCCUG